CCCAGGUACUCCAAACGGUCCAAGUGCACACAGUACUACCCGAGUCCGGCCAAGGCCAAGGGCAGUGUUGCAGAUUAUUUUAAGUGUCAGUGUCGAAACGUCAGCUUUUCGCUGACCUCGCGCGGAGUACUGCGACGAUUUUCACCACCGGUGGUACCACUUCGUCAAUCGAGACCGACCCCCAACGCUGCCAACCCUCGGGAUUUGCAAGGUGCCACGUUCGAAACCCGACAUGUUCUACAUCAAAGAAUCGCUGGUGAUCCUGCUAGUCGCUUCGCUCGUCUGCUGUCAGCAGGAAGCGCAACACGGCAUGCUCGAUUCGGAUAGCGACGUCGAAAUCAUCGAGGCUCCCGAAAAACAACCCCCCGGAGCUCCGCCUCCGUCGCCGCUUGACGACUGCGACUCGGAAAUGAUAGGGUUCGAACUGAUAACCGGGUACGUGUUUUCCGCGCCUGGAAACGUUAUGGACUCGAUCCCCGGUACCCUGAUGCUGACCGAUUGUCUCGAAACGUGCCAAGGCAACGAGAGCUGCCAAUCUGUCAAUUACGAGACGGGCUUGUGCGUUCUUUUCGGUUCCAAUGCAGACGCCUUACCGGGAGCGCUGACGAAAUCCCAGUUCCCGGUGUUUACAAUUUACGCGCAGAAGACCUGCCUGGGGGUGAAGCCGUGCGAACGGGCUUGGUGUAUCGACCGGGUGCAGAACUACCGACUGGUCGGCUACGUCAACAGCCACCAGAUCGUCUCGUCGCGUCAGGAAUGCCUCGAACUGUGCCUGGGCGAGUCGGAAUUUGCCUGCAGAUCGGCGAAUUUCAACAACUCGACGGGCGAUUGCGAACUGUCCUCGAUGGACAGGAUCACGUUGACCGGCACGAGCGCUUUCGCUGCGGCCGAAGGAUACGAGUACAUGGAAAACAAUUGCAUCGACGAACCGACGAAGCUGUGCGAGUUCAAGAAGCUGAAUGGGCGCAUCCUGAAGACCGUCGACUCCGUCUACCAAGACGUCGGCUCGAUCGACGAGUGCCGAGAGCUCUGCCUCAACUCGCCUUACAGGUGCCACUCGUACGACUAUGGCGACACCGGCGAUAUGGUCUGCAGACUGAGCCAUCACUCUAGAGCGACCCUAGUCGACAUCCAGGACCCGUAUCUCGAAGUACCGGAAGCGGCCACCUACGAAUUAAGCUCCUGCUACAACGUGAGUAUCGACUGCAAGUCGGGCGACAUGGUAGCCCGCAUCCAGACGAGCAAGCUGUUCGACGGCAAGAUCUACGCGAAAGGCAGCCCGAACUCCUGCGUGCGCGACGUCAACAACAGUCUGGAAUUCGAGCUGAGCAUGGCCUACGACAACCUCGAGUGCAACGUGCGCAAGAACGGCCUCGGGAGAUACGUCAACGACGUCGUCAUCCAGCACCACGACAAAAUCAUCACCAGCAGCGACCUGGGCCUCGCCGUCACCUGCCAAUACGACCUAACCAACAAAAGCGUCACGAACGAAGUCGAUCUGGGAGUGCGCGGAGAUAUUACGCCAGCUCUUUCCGAAGAGGUAACGGUCGAUUCUCCCAACGUCGCGAUGAAAAUAACCAACCGUAGCGGCGAAGAUAUUAUGCAGUCGGCGGAAGUUGGCGACCCGCUCGCGUUAAAAUUCGAAAUUUUGGACAAGAACAGCCCGUACGAGAUCUUCGUCAGGGAGCUCGUCGCCAUGGACGGCGUCGACUCCAGCGAAAUAGUACUAAUCGAUUCGGACGGCUGUCCCACCGACCACUUCAUCAUGGGCCCGAUCUACAAGUCCGCCCUGUCCGGCAAGAUCCUGCUGUCUCACUUCGAUGCGUUCAAGUUCCCGUCGUCCGAGGUGGUACAGUUCCGGGCGCUAGUCACCCCUUGCAUGCCGUCCUGCGAACCGGUACAGUGCGACCAGGAGGAAAGUACCGGGGAACUCAGGUCGGUGAUCUCCUACGGGCGCCGACGACGUCGUCGAGCAGCGUCGCAGCCACAGGACGACCUGCUGCUCGUCCAGUCGAUCCAAAUCACGGACAAGUUCGGAUUCGAACGCGACUCGAACCGCAGCUCUGUCGGAAACGAGGCGAUUUACGUCACCGACGGUACCGUCGCAACCGGUUUCUGCGUCAAUGUCGCGGGUCUCGCGAUGGCCGCCGCGCUCUUCCUAGCCGUUCAGCUCGCCGUCGUCUCUGUCUGGACGUUCGUCUGGCAGAAACGAAAAUCGAGCGACAAACUGUUCCCGGACAACAUCAGCAUCCCGUCGCAGAUCAGCGCUGGACGCGCCGAGAGCCUAAGCAAGCUGUACGACGCCGGUUACCCCCACCCACGCCGCUUCUAAAAGCCGCCCCGCCACUUUCAAACCCAUUCUGUGUAUAAAAACCGACGACACUCAACUCUGUUUAACAUAUGUCGCGCCUAUAUUUUUACCUGCAUGCGCAGACUUCGACACAUAGGGCGAUGGGACAGCGGCCAAAAUUCGCGGGCGAUAACGUGCUAUUUCAUAAAGUUCAAAAAUAACUGAGUAAAGAAUGUUUAAAGUUUUGCGCGUUCCGGCCAGGUGAUCUAAUUGCUUACAUCUGAACGAGAUUAUUAACCUAAAAAUAUUUGUUUUACUGCACUAUUUUGGGGUAUUUAAAGGGAGACAUUUUCAUUAUUGCAAAAUCGCGAUUAAAUGCAACUUCGUCAAACGCGUUUAACGUCACGACCGUUAGUUAGUGUUACAGUGAAUUUGAAAUUCUUCAUGGUUGUAUUUUUAUUGGAAACGGGAGCGUUUAGAAAAAAAAAACACAAAUUAGGACCGCCAAUUAUGAAUUCUUUAAAACCUUAAGCUGGUUUUGCCAUGGACAAUCACUCUAAUGGUUACAUCCCGUCCUCUAAAAUGUGUCGGAUUCUACGAGGAUCGGCCCCCGACCCGCCGACCACGCCUCCGGCUCCCGACGUAUAGAUUUAACGUAGUCUUAAGGCCCCCUCGUGAUAAGUGUUAAGGUAGAGAGAGGUAGAGCGCUUGCGCGAUCGACUUAGCGCCCGGCCCGGCCGGGCGAUUCGGAAGUCACGACGCGACCCGAGAAAGAACGAACGCAGCCGGAGGAGUGGGGGAAGGGGUGACGAUUUCGCCUGCGGGGCGGGCGGACUUGCGAGGCCCCGAGGACGAUCGAGCGCGCGUGCCCAAAGAGUGAAUGAGAUUUACACGAGCGAAACGUUUUAUUUAAGAAAGCUUGUCCUCCGGGGCCGAGGUUCGUCCGCGCGGGUCACCCUGGAAAGGCAGGGGAGCCCGCGCGCCCCACGUACCCUACGGAAUACCAUAUUAACUUAAACGUCAUUUUAUUAAUGAUAAUAUUUAGGUAAUCGUUUUAUUUUGUAUGUUAAGUUACUUAUUAACUUGAUGGUCGACGCGUCGCGUGCGACGUCGGACCCUUAAUUGUGCUAAUUUGAUUAAAUAUAUCUUUUAACUGCGAUUCGUGUUAUUAUCACGCCAUGCCGACACCUGUGGGGCAACCUUCUUAAGUUGUAUUCGGGUAAAAAUUUAAUUUAAUUAAAAUAAGUUUUAAAAUGACGCAAACCGAAAUAAAAA